AAAGCACUUACCAUCAGCACAGAAAUUGACGACACAGAGGGAGAAGCGACAUGCUUCAGAAACCUAGGAGCUGUGUUUCAAUCUGUCGGAGAAUAUGCCAAGGCUGAAGAAUAUCUUCAUAAAGCACUUACCAUCAGCACAGAAAUUGGCGACCAACACGGACAAGCGUCAUGCUACAUAAACCUAGGAAAUGUGUUUAAAUCUGUCGGAGAGUAUGCCAAGGCUGAAGAAUAUCUUCAUAAAGCACUUACCAUCAGCACAGAAAUUGGCGACAGAAAGGGAGAAGCGUCGUGCUACGGAAACCUAGGAAAUGUGUUUAACUCUGUCGGAGAAUAUGCCAAGGCUGAAGAAUAUCUUCAUAAAGCACUUACCAUCAGCACAGAAAUUGGCGACAGAGAAGAAGAAGCGACAUGCUACAGAAACCUAGGAGCUGUGUUUCAAUCUGUCGGAGAAUAUGCCAAGGCUGAAGAAUAUCUUCAUAAAGCACUUAUCAUCAACACAAAAAUUGGCGACAAACACGGACAAGCGUCAUGCUACGGAAACCUAGGAAGUAUGUUUCGAUCUGUCGGAGAGUAUGCCAAGGCUGAAGGAUAUCUUCAUAAAGCACUUAACAUCAACACAGAAAUUGGCGACAGAAGGGGAGAAGCGUCAUGCUACGGAAACCUAGGAGCUGUGUUUCAAUCUGUUGGAGAAUAUGCAAAGGCUGAAGAAUAUCUUUAUAACGCACUUAUCAUCAGCACAAAAAUUGGCGACAGAAAAGAAGAAGCGACAUGCUUCAGAAACCUAGGAGCUGUGUUUCAAUCUGUCGGAGAAUAUGCAAAGGCUGAAGAAUAUCUUUAUAAAGAACUUACCGUCAGCACAGAAAUUGGCGACAGAGAGGGAGAAGCGACAUGCUUCAGAAACCUAGGAGCUGUGUUUCAAUCUGUCGGAGAAUAUGCCAAUGCUGAAGAAUAUCUUCAUAAAGCACUUACCAUCAGCACAGAAAUUGGCGACAAACACGGACAAGCGUCAUGCUACAUAAACCUAGGAAAUGUGUUUAAAUCUGUCGGAGAGUAUGCCAAGGCUGAAGAAUAUCUUCAUAAAGCACUUACCAUCAGCACAGAAAUUGGCGACAGAAAGGGAGAAGCGUCAUGCUACGGAAACCUAGGAAAUGUGUUUAAAUCUGUCGGAGAAUAUGCCAAGGCUGAAGAAUAUCUUCAUAAAGCACUUACCAUCAGCACAGAAAUUGGCGACAGAGAAGAAGAAGCGACAUGCUACAGAAACCUAGGAGCUGUGUUUCAAUCUGUCGGAGAAUAUGCCAAGGCUGAAGAAUAUCUUCAUAAAGCACUUACCAUCAGGACAGAAAUUGGCGACAGAGAGGAAGAAGCGACAUGCUACAGAAACCUAGGAGCUGUGUUUCAAUCUCUCGGAGAAUAUGCCAAGGCUGAAGAAUAUCUUCAUAAAGCACUUACCAUCAGCACAGAAAUUGGCGACAGAGAACAAGAAGCGACAUGCUACAGAAACCUAGGAGCUGUGUUUCAAUCUGUCGGAGAAUAUGCCAAGGCUGAAGAAUAUCUUCAUAAAGCACUUAUCAUCAACACAAAAAUUGGCGACAAACACGGACAAGCGUCAUGCUACGGAAACCUAGGAAGUAUGUUUCGAUCUGUGGGAGAGUAUGCCAAGGCUGAAGGAUAUCUUCAUAAAGCACUUAACAUCAACACAGAAAUUGGCGACAGAAGGGGAGAAGCGUCAUGCUACGGAAACCUAGGAGCUGUGUUUCAAUCUGUCGGAGAAUAUGCAAAGGCUGAAGAAUAUCUUUAUAAAGCACUUAUCAUCAGCACAGAAAUUGGCGACAGAAAAGAAGAAUCGACAUGCUUCAGAAACCUAGGAGCUGUGUUUCAAUCUGUCGGAGAAUAUGCCGAAGCUAAAGAAUAUCUUCAUAAAGCACUUACCAUGAGCACAGAAAUUGGCGACAGAGAAGAAGAAGCGACAUGCUACAGAAACCUAGGAGCUGUGUUUCAAUCUAUCGGAGAAUAUGCAAAGGCUGAAGAAUAUCUUCAUAAAGCACUUACCAUCAGCACAGAAAUUGGCGACAGAGAGGAAGAAGCGACAUGCUACAGAAACCUAGGAGCUGUGUUUCAAUCUGUCGGAGACUAUGCAAAGGCUGAAGAAUAUCUUCAUAAAGCACUUACCAUCAGCACAGAAAUUGGCGACAGAGAGGGAGAAGCGACAUGCUUCAGAAAACUAGGAGCUGUGUUUCAAUCUGUCGGAGAAUAUGCCAAGGCUGAAGAAUAUCUUCAUAAAGCACUUACCAUCGGCACAGAAAUUGGCGAAAGAGAAGAAGAAGCGACAUGCUACAGAAACCUAAGAGCUGUGUUUCAAUCUGUCGGAGAAUAUACCAAGGCUGAAGAAUAUCUUCAUAAAGCACUUAUCAUCAACACAAAAAUUGGCGACAAACACGGACAAGCGUCAUGCUACGGAAACCUAGGAAGUAUGUUUCGAUCUGUGGGAGAGUAUGCCAAGGCUGAAGGAUAUCUUCAUAAAGCACUUAACAUCAACACAGAAAUUGGCGACAGAAGGGGAGAAGCGUCAUGCUACGGAAACCUGGGAGCUGUGUUUCAAUCUGUCGGAGAAUAUGCAAAGGCUGAAGAAUAUCUUUAUAAAGCACUUAUCAUCAGCACAAAAAUUGGCGACAGAAAAGAAGAAGCGACAUGCUUCAGAAACCUAGGAGCUGUGUUUCAAUCUGUCGGAGAAUAUGCAAAGGCUGAAGAAUAUCUUUGUAAAGCACUUACCAUCAGCACAGAAAUUGGCGACAGAGAGGGAGAAGCGACAUGCUUCAGAAACCUAGGAGCUGUGUUUCAAUCUGUCGGAGAAUAUGCCAAGGCUGAAGAAUAUCUUCAUAAAGCACUUAUCAUCAACACAAAAAUUGGCGACAAACACGGACAAGCGUCAUGCUACGGAAACCUAGGAAGUAUGUUUCGAUCUGUCGGAGAGUAUGCCAAGGCUGAAGGAUAUCUUCAUAAAGCACUUAACAUCAACACAGAAAUUGGCGACAGAAGGGGAGAAGCGUCAUGCUACGGAAACCUAGGAGCUGUGUUUCAAUCUGUCGGAGAAUAUGCAAAGGCUGAAGAAUAUCUUUAUAAAGCACUUAUCAUCAGCACAGAAAUUGGCGACAGAAAAGAAGAAGCGACAUGCUUCAGAAACCUAGGAGCUGUGUUUCAAUCUGUCGGAGAAUAUGCCAAGGCUGAAGAAUAUCUUCAUAAAGCACUUACCAUCAGCACAGAAAUUGGCGACAAACACGGACAAGCGUCAUGCUACAUAAACCUAGGGAAUGUGUUUAAAUCUGUCGGAGAGUAUGCAAAGGCUGAAGAAUAUCUUCAUAAAGCACUUACAAUCAGCACAGAAAUUGGCGACAGAAAGGGAGAAGCGUCAUGCUACGGAAAUCUAGGAAAUGUGUUUAAAUCUGUCGGAGAAUAUGCCAAGGCUGAAGAAUAUCUUCAUAAAGCACUUAACAUCAGCACAGAAAUUGGCGACAGAGAAGAAGAAGCGACAUGCUACAGAAACCUAGGAGCUGUGUUUCAAUCUGUCGGAGAAUAUGCCGAGGCUGAAGAAUAUCUUCAUAAAGCACUUACCAUCAGCACAGAAAUUGGCGACAGAGAAGAAGAAGCGACAUGCUACAGAAACCUAGGAGCUGUGUUUCAAUCUGUUGGAGAAUAUGCCAAGGCUGAAGAAUAUCUUCAUAAAGCACUUACCAUCAGCACAGAAAUUGGCGACAGAGAAGAAGAAGCGACAUGCUACAGAAACCUAGGAGCUGUGUUUCAAUCUGUCGGAGAAUAUGCCAAGGCUGAAGAAUAUCUUCAUAAAGCACUUAUCAUCAACACAAAAAUUGGCGACAAACACGGACAAGCGUCAUGCUACGGAAACCUAGGAAGUAUGUUUCGAUCUGUCGGAGAGUAUGCCAAGGCUGAAGGAUAUCUUCAUAAAGCACUUAACAUCAACACAGAAAUUGGCGACAGAAGGGGAGAAGCGUCAUGCUACGGAAACCUAGGAGCUGUGUUUCAAUCUGCCGGAGAAUAUGCAAAGGCUGAAGAAUAUCUUUAUAAAGCACUUAUCAUCAGCACAAAAAUUGGCGACAGAAAAGAAGAAGCGACAUGCUUCAGAAACCUAGGAGCUGUGUUUCAAUCUGUCGGAGAAUAUGCAAGGGCUGAAGAAUAUCUUUAUAAAGCACUUACCAUCAGCACAGAAAUUGGCGACAGAGAGGGAGAAGCGACAUGCUUCAGAAACCUAGGAGCUGUGUUUCAAUCUGUCGGAGAAUAUGCCAAGGCUGAAGAAUAUCUUCAUAAAGCACUUACCAUCAGCACAGAAAUUGGCGACAAACACGGACAAGCGUCAUGCUACAUAAACCUAGGAAAUGUGUUUAAAUCUGUCGGAGAGUAUGCCAAGGCUGAAGAAUAUCUUCAUAAAGCACUUACCAUCAGCACAGAAAUUGGCGACAGAAAGGGAGAAACGUCAUGCUACGGAAACCUAGGAAAUGUGUUUAACUCUGUCGGAGAAUAUGCCAAGGCUGAAGAAUAUCUUCAUAAAGCACUUACCAUCAGCACAGAAAUUGGCGACAGAGAAGAAGAAGCGACAUGCUACAGAAACCUAGGAGCUGUGUUUCAAUCUGUCGGAGAAUAUGCCAAGGCUGAAGAAUAUCUUCAUAAAGCACUUAUCAUCAACACAAAAAUUGGCGACAAACACGGACAAGCGUCAUGCUACGGAAACCUAGGAAGUAUGUUUCGAUCUGUCGGAGAGUAUGCCAAGGCUGAAGGAUAUCUUCAUAAAGCACUUAACAUCAACACAGAAAUUGGCGACAGAAGGGGAGAAGCGUCGUGCUACGGAAACCUAGGAGCUGUGUUUCAAUCUGUCGGAGAAUAUGCAAAGGCUGAAGAAUAUCUUUAUAAAGCACUUAUCAUCAGCACAAAAAUUGGCGACAGAAAAGAAGAAGCGACAUGCUUCAGAAACCUAGGAGCUGUGUUUCAAUCUGUCGGAGAAUAUGCAAAGGCUAAAGAAUAUCUUUAUAAAGCAUUUACCAUCAGCACAGAAAUUGGCGACAGAGAGGGAGAAGCGACAUGCUUCAGAAACCUAGGAGCUGUGUUUCAAUCUGUCGGAGAAUAUGCCAAGGCUGAAGAAUAUCUUCAUAAAGCACUUACCAUCAGCACAGAAAUUGGCGACAAACACGGACAAGCGUCAUGCUACAUAAACCUAGGAAAUGUGUUUAAAUCUGUCGGAGAGUAUGCCAAGGCUGAAGAAUAUCUUCAUAAAGCACUUACCAUCAGCACAGAAAUUGGCGACAGAAAGGGAGAAGCGUCAUGCUACGGAAACCUAGGAAAUAUGUUUAAAUCUGUCGGAGAAUAUGCCAAGGCUGAAGAAUAUCUUCAUAAAGCACUUAGCAUCGGCAAAGAAAUUGGCGACAGAGAAGAAGAAGCGACAUGCUACAGAAACCUAGGAGCUGUGUUUCAAUCUGUCGGAGAAUAUGCCAAGGCUGAAGAAUAUCUUCAUAAAGCACUUACCAUCAGCACAGAAAUUGGCGACAGAGAGGAAGAAGCGACAUGCUACAGAAACCUAGGAGCUGUGUUUCAAUCUGUCGGAGAAUAUGCCAAGGCUGAAGAAUAUCUUCAUAAAGCAGUUACCAUCAGCACAGAAAUUGGCGACAAAGAAGAAGAAGCGACAUGCUACAGAAACCUAGGAGCUGUGUUUCAAUCUGUCGGAGAAUAUGCCAAGGCUGAAGAAUAUCUUCAUAAAGCACUUAUCGUCAACACAAAAAUUGGCGACAAACACGGACAAGCGUCAUGCUACGGAAACCUUGGAAGUAUGUUUCGAUCUGUCAGAGAGUAUGCCAAGGCUGAAGGAUAUCUUCAUAAAGCACUUAACAUCAACACAGAAAUUGGCGACAGAAGGGGAGAAGCGUCAUGCUACGGAAACCUAGGAGCUGUGUUUCAAUCUGUCGGAGAAUAUGCAAAGGCUGAAGAAUAUCUUUAUAAAGCACUUAUCAUCAGCACAGAAAUUGGCGACAGAAAAGAAGAAGCGACAUGCUUCAGAAUUCUAGGAGCUGUGUUUCAAUCUGUCGGAGAAUAUGCCGAAGCUAAAGAAUAUCUUCAUAAAGCACUUACCAUGAGCACAGAAAUUGGCGACAGAGAAGAAGAAGCGACAUGCUACAGAAACCUAGGAGCUGUGUUUCAAUCUGUCGGAGAAUAUGCAAAGGCUGAAGAAUAUCUUCAUACAGCACUUACCAUCAGCACAGAAAUUGGCGACAGAGAGGAAGAAGCGACAUGCUACAGAAACCUAGGAGCUGUGUUUCAAUCUGUCGGAGAAUAUGCAAAGGCUGAAGAAUAUCUUCAUAAAGCACUUACCAUCAGCACAGAAAUUGGCGACAGAGAGGGAGAAGCGACAUGCUUCAGAAAACUAGGAGCUGUGUUUCAAUCUGUCGGAGAAUAUGCCAAGGCUGAAGAAUAUCUUCAUAAAGCACUUACCAUCGGCACAGAAAUUGGCGAAAGAGAAGAAGAAGCGACAUGCUACAGAAACCUAAGAGCUGUGUUUCCAUCUGUCGGAGAAUAUGCCAAGGCUGAAGAAUAUCUUCAUAAAGCACUUAUCAUCAACACAAAAAUUGGCGACAAACACGGACAAGCGUCAUGCUACGGAAACCUAGGAAGUAUGUUUCGAUCUGUGGGAGAGUAUGCCAAGGCUGAAGGAUAUCUUCAUAAAGCACUUAACAUCAACACAGAAAUUGGCGACAGAAGGGGAGAAGCGUCAUGCUACGGAAACCUGGGAGCUGUGUUUCAAUCUGUCGGAGAAUAUGCAAAGGCUGAAGAAUAUCUUUAUAAAGCACUUAUCAUCAGCACAAAAAUUGGCGACAGAAAAGAAGAAGCGACAUGCUUCAGAAACCUAGGAGCUGUGUUUCAAUCUGUCGGAGAAUAUGCAAAGGCUGAAGAAUAUCUUUAUAAAGCACUUACCAUCAGCACAGAAAUUGGCGACAGAGAGGGAGAAGCGACAUGCUUCAGAAACCUAGGAGCUGUGUUUCAAUCUGUCGGAGAAUAUGCCAAGGCUGAAGAAUAUCUUCAUAAAGCACUUAUCAUCAACACAAAAAUUGGCGACAAACAGGGACAAGCGUCAUGCUACGGAAACCUAGGAAGUAUGUUUCGAUCUGUCGGAGAGUAUGCCAAGGCUGAAGGAUAUCUUCAUAAAGCACUUAACAUCAACACAGAAAUUGGCGACAGAAGGGGAGAAGCGUCAUGCUACGGAAACCUAGGAGCUGUGUUUCAAUCUGUCGGAGAAUAUGCAAAGGCUGAAGAAUAUCUUUAUAAAGCACUUAUCAUCAGCACAGAAAUUGGCGACAGAAAAGAAGAAGCGACAUGCUUCAGAAACCUAGGAGCUGUGUUUCAAUCUGUCGGAGAAUAUGCCAAGGCUGAAGAAUAUCUUCAUAAAGCACUUACCAUCAGCACAGAAAUUGGCGACAAACACGGACAAGCGUCAUGCUACAUAAACCUAGGGAAUGUGUUUAAAUCUGUCGGAGAGUAUGGCAAGGCUGAAGAAUAUCUUCAUAAAGCACUUACAAUCAGCACAGAAAUUGGCGACAGAAAGGGAGAAGCGUCAUGCUACGGAAAUCUAGGAAAUGUGUUUAAAUCUGUCGGAGAAUAUGCCAAGGCUGAAGAAUAUCUUCAUAAAGCACUUAACAUCAGCACAGAAAUUGGCGACAGAGAAGAAGAAGCGACAUGCUACAGAAACCUAGGAGCUGUGUUUCAAUCUGUCGGAGAAUAUGCCGAAGCUGAAGAAUAUCUUCAUAAAGCACUUACCAUCAGCACAGAAAUUGGCGACAGAGAAGAAGAAGCGACAUGCUACAGAAACCUAGGAGCUGUGUUUCAAUCUGUCGGAGAAUAUGCCAAGGCUGAAGAAUAUAUUCAUAAAGCACUUACCAUCAGCACAGAAAUUGGCGACAGAGAAGAAGAAGCGACAUGCUACAGAAACCUAGGAGCUGUGUUUCAAUCUGUCGGAGAAUAUGCCAAGGCUGAAGAAUAUCUUCAUAAAGCACUUAUCAUCAACACAAAAAUUGGCGACAAACACGGACAAGCGUCAUGCUACGGAAACCUAGGAAGUAUGUUUCGAUCUGUCGGAGAGUAUGCCAAGGCUGAAGGAUAUCUUCAUAAAGCACUUAACAUCAACACAGAAAUUGGCGACAGAAGGGGAGAAGCGUCAUGCUACGGAAACCUAGGAGCUGUGUUUCAAUCUGUCGGAGAAUAUGCAAAGGCUGAAGAAUAUCUUUAUAAAGCACUUAUCAUCAGCACAAAAAUUGGCGACAGAAAAGAAGAAGCGACAUGCUUCAGAAACCUAGGAGCUGUGUUUCAAUCUGUCGGAGAAUAUGCAAAGGCUGAAGAAUAUCUUUAUAAAGCACUUACCAUCAGCACAGAAAUUGGCGACAGAGAGGGAGAAGCGACAUGCUUCAGAAACCUAGGAGCUGUGUUUCAAUCUGUCGGAGAAUAUGCCAAGGCUGAAGAAUAUCUUCAUAAAGCACUUACCAUCAGCACAGAAAUUGGCGACAAACACGGACAAGCGUCAUGCUACAUAAACCUAGGAAAUGUGUUUAAAUCUGUCGGAGAGUAUGCCAAGGCUGAAGAAUAUCUUCAUAAAGCACUUACCAUCAGCACAGAAAUUGGCGACAGAAAGGGAGAAGCGUCAUGCUACGGAAACCUAGGAAAUGUGUUUACCUCUGUCGGAGAAUAUGCCAAGGCUGAAGAAUAUCUUCAUAAAGCACUUACCAUCAGCACAAAAAUUGGCGACAGAGAAGGAAAAGCGACAUGUUUCGUAAACCUAGGAGCUCUGUUCACAUAUGUCGGAGAAUAUGCCAAGGCUGAAGAAUAUCUUCAUACAGCACUUACCAUUAGCACAGAAAUUGGCGACAGAGAAGGAGAAGCGACAUGCUUCGUAAACCUAGGAGCUCUGUUCUCAUCUGUCGGAGAAUAUGCCGAAGCUGAAGAAUAUCUUCAUAAAGCACUUACCAUUAGCACAGAAAUUGGCGACAGAGAAGGAGAAGCGACAUGCUUCGUAAACCUAGGAGCUCUGUUCACAUCUGUCGGAGAAUAUGCCAAGGCUGAAGAAUAUCUUCAUAAAGGACUUACCAUGGAGACCGAAAUCGGUAACAAAGACGGAGAAGCGGCAUGCUACAUGAUACUAGGAACUCUGAUAUUUAAGGCUGGUGAAUGUGUGAAGGCUCAGAAACAUUUUGAGAAUGCUCUUGAAAUUAGUAGGGGGACUGGAAACAUCGCUUUGCAAUUUGAAACUUCUCUUGUUCUAAAUGAGUGUUCUUUUAAAAUAACAGGAAACAUAUCUGAAGCCUUAUCCAAUCUCCGGACAAGCAUUCAAAUUUGGGAAAAAAUGCUUAUUUCAGAUCGCCGCAAUAUAUCAUUUUUUGACAAAAACGCGUCUCCCUAUCGGCUGUUUUGUUCAUUGAGUUGCUCUAGUGGGAAACCCUAUGAAGCUUUACACGUUGCUGAACUUGGACGUGCCAGAGCUCUCGCAAGACUUAUGUCAAAUCGCUACUCCAUUGAAGAAGAAAUAUCCAUCAACCCACAAUCGUUUGUCGGUAUCGAGGAAGUAAUUAAGAAAAAUAGCAACAGCACCUGCCUUUACAUCUCCUAUGACUACGAUGACAAUAUAUUUUUGUGGGUUUUGAAACAAAGCAAACCGGUAGCUUUCCGAAGAACGAAACUUUGUGAAAGCUAUGUUAGCAAGCACGGCAAAAUCUCUGUGUAUGACUUGUUUGGAAACGAAAGCUUCUUAAGAAAAUCAAAUCUGGAAGAUAGUCUCUCAUCCUUGCGUCCUCUUUUAGAUGAGGGAGAAGUAGACACAGACCCUGAACCGCCAACACUUUUUCAGGUUUACGACAUGUUGAUUGCUCCCGUAAGUGACUUGCUAGAGGGAUCUGAUGAAAUCAUUGUUGUUCCUGAUAACUGUUUCUUCCAAGUUCCUUUUGCAGCAUUACCUGAUGAAAGUAAUCGCUGUUUAUCAGAUUCUUUCAGGAUACGCAUUGUCCCUUCUUUAACGACUCUCAAGCUCAUUCUCGACAGUCCAGCGGACUCUCACAGCCAAACUGGUGCAUUGAUUGUGGGUGAGCCAAGAGUGGCGGAUGUGUAUUUCAAGGGAGAGUUAAGGUAUCUCUUUCCAUUGCCUGGGGCGAAAGCAGAAGCAGAGAUGAUUGCAAGACUACUACCUCAAUCUCACCUUUUAAUAGGCGCUCAAGCAACAAAGCAGGCAGUCCUUCAGAGAAUACCCUCAGUCAGUCUCGUACAUAUCGCUGCUUAUGGUGAUGCCGAAAGAGGAGAAAUUGUUCUUACCCCCCCUGACUCCACAUGGGAGACUCCACAUGAAGCAGACUACUUACUCACAAUGACCGACAUUUCACAAGUUAGACUCUCAGCCAAACUGGUGGUCCUUAGCUGUGACCAUACCGCACGUGGACAGAUCGAAACAGAAGGCGUUGUUGGAAUCGCUCGAGCAUUCUUAGGAUCGGGUGCACGCUCAGUGUUGGUGGCAUUGUGGGCCUUACAAGACAGAGCAACAGAGCAGUUCAUGAGAAGGUUCUACGAAAACCUCGUCCAAGGAGAAAGUGCAAGUGAAUGUCUUCACCGGGCCAUGAAGUGGAUGCGAAAUAACGGGUUCCCUGAAGUGAGGCAGUGGGCACCUUUCAUGCUGAUUGGGGAUGACGUGUCAUUUCACUUUGGUGAAAAAAAGUGAAGGUAAUUGCUUUGUGACAAUUAUAGGAGGUCUGCCAGGUCUUUUUACAUUGCAGUUUUAUCAACUUGGGUGCAUUUGGUACUUUUACUAGUACCAAAUAGGCGAAGCAGUAUUCACCUUUAAAAACCACAUUAUUGACUACACCUGAAGUCAGCUUUUACUAUGACUGAGGUAAAAAUAGAGGAUAUUACUUUCGCUCACUCGUGAGAGAUACUUUCAGCACUCGAAGAUAAAAUUCGUUUCCCCGUGCGGCCAUGUAAUGUUCUGUUUAUUUUAUAGAUACUGAUGAAAUUCCUACAUAAAACACAACUUUUUUUUUAUUCAUUUUCGAAACUGCAAAAUAGUGCAAUUAAAAUGAUUACCUAUCGCAAAAUGCCUGUCACAAAAAUGUUAUGAAACUCGGAUAUUAAGUUAAAAAGGAGAAACAAAGACAAUAAUACGUAUUAUUAAAAACUGAAUCAUUGGAUAAUGCAAUUCUAGCAUUUUGAUUGGCUUAGCCGUUAUGGUAUAUGAGCUAUUAUACCAUGCUCUCCAUAUAUGGGCGGUGUACGCGUCAGUUUAAAAUUGGAAGCUAGCUGAGAUUUUUUUUCGCAAAGGAUAGAACGGCGCCCGAAGCAAAUCGUUUUAAUUCAUUUCUUAGAAUACUAGAAAUGCAAUUUCGUCGAAAGAAAAAAGACAAAAACAAACAAAAAAGCCACAAGAACUUGUUUGAAAGUUUGUCGAAAAACACAUGAAAACACAUGGAAUUAAAGUACCUUGACCAGCUACGAAAGAAGACAAGUGUUGUUUCUUCAUGAUCGCGAAGCCAUUCGCCGAUCGAGUCACUCGCCGAUAGAUAACUGCGGCUUGUUUAUCCGACAUCAAGAAUAUUAAUCACAAGUAACCAGCUACAAAUACAGGCUAUGCAACCAUUCCCUAGAGCAAUCGAGGCGGCAGUAUAGAUUCUUUUCUGGUUCAGCAAAACCAGCUUGUGGCUUCAAACAACUUCAUAACAAGCGACCGAGGUAAUAGUUUUUCUCCUUUGUUCUUACUUUUAUAACUGCACCGAAAAUCCAAAUUCACAGUAAUUUCGACGGCUGUCACUUAGAAAUUCUUUUCCUUCACAUUAUCUGCCAGGUUUUUUUAGCUGUUCUGCUGUGUAAAAUCCUAGAAUCCCGAUGAGUUUUUAAAAAACUAAUGUUCGCUACAAUGUUUUGAUUUUUCAUUCAUGCAGUCCAGGCGAGUCCGUUCGCGCGUUGACAGUUUUGAUAGACGUGUGACAUGUGAAUAGCGGAAGUCCCUUGUCUUUUCCGGUUUGUUCUAGUCGGGGAGAUUCAACGAGAUCUUGUGGGCGUUUAUAAUCAAACAAUUAUUCCACUCGCGCUUGUUGGAUAUGAGAUGAUUAUAGCCAACUCGGCGCUACGCGCCUCGUUGGCUAUUUAUGAUCUCAUAUCGAACGCGCCCUCGUGGAAUAAUUGUUAAAUAACCUGAGCGGGAAGCUCUCUUGUAAUUGGUUAAUCAUGCUAGUAACCAUGGCGACACCAGUAUCCUCACACGAAGAGAUAAAAAUAGUAUCUUCACUGCGCGCGAUGAAGAUAUGAUUUUUUAGUAAAAGGAAAAAUCCUGGUAUUUCAUCAGUAUCUAUAUAAUAAUUAACAAUUAUUCCACAAAAAUUAUUUCACAAAUUCAAAACUGUCAACGCGCGAACGGACUCGCCUGGACUGCAUGAAUGAAAAAUCAAAACAUCGUAGCGAAGAACAUUAGUUUUUUUGAAAACUCAUCGGGAUUCUAGGAUUUUACACAGCAGAACAGCUAAAAAAACCUGGCAGAUAAUGUGAAGGAAAAGAAUUUCUAAGUGACAGCCGUCGAAAUUACUGUGAAUUUGGAUUUUCGGUGCAGUUAUAAAAGUAAGAACAAAGGAGAAAAACUAUUACCUCGGUCGCUUGUUAUGAAGUUGUUUGAAGCCACAAGCUGGUUUUGCUGAAAGAGAAAAGAAGUUAUACUGCCGCAUCGAUUGCUCUAGUGAAUGGCUGCAUAGCCUGUAUUUGUAGCUGGUUACUUGUGAUUAAUAUUCCUGAUGUCGGAUAAACAAGCCGCAGUUAUCUAUCGGCGAGUGACUCGAUCGGUGAAUGGCUUCGCUAUCAUGAAGAAACAACACUUGUCUUCUAUCGUAGCUGGUCAAGGUACUUUAAUUCCAUGUGUUUUUCGACAAACGUUCAAACAAGCUCUUGUGGCUUUUUUGUUUGUUUUUGUCUUUUUCUUUCGAUGAAAUUGCAUUUCUAGUAUUCUAAGAAAUGAAUUAAAACAAUUUGCUUCGGGCUCCGUUCUAUCCUUUGCGAAAAAAAAUCUCAGCUAGCUUCCAAUUUUAAACUGAUGCGUACACCGACCAUAUAUGGAGAGUAUGGUAUAAUAGCUCAUAUACCAUAACGGCUAAGCCAAUCAAAAUGCUAGAAUUGCAUUAUCCAAUGAUUCAGUUUUUAAUAAUAUCAAUUAACCGCUUUUUAACAUUGAAGAUACUAAUCACCUCAAUUAUUCGACCACACUUCUGUACUUAUCAGUCUAAAUUACAACCCAUGCCCCAUGCAUAUGUGGGGCUUUGCAUUUGAAAAAAAAAGCGCCCUAUCCCUACCGUAAAAAGAAUGAUUGUAACUAUUUUCUCUUUUUUCUGAUAUGUGAAGCACAAAUAAUUGAAUAUUCUUUUAUUUGGUACCACUCAAUAUGAACGUGAGGGUUUGCUGACAAAAUGUUUUCUUUCUGAAUAUAAUGGGAAGACAAUUUCAGUUAUGAAACGAAACUGACCAACAGCGCAAGAUAGUUUUUUGUUUGAUAUAAAGAUAAUCGGAUUAAAAAUAUUAUGGCGGAGAUCUAGAUCUGGGAAUUGAUCAAAAACGCUGAAAACUACAAAUUGAGGACUGUGUAUGGAGUCUUGACCGUAACUAGAGGGCUUUUCGCUGACACUGACUGAAUUACAGUAGUACACUGGUUCUAAACUUGCACCAAAGAGGGAAGACAGAGAUUCCAUAGCUCAUCAAGGCAAGAAGUUUGAAAUCUAUUUCAGCUUUGCACCCUGCAUUUCAUUUAUGAUGCCAAUAAUUGGAAGCUUUUAGCAGUGAGAUAAACGUUAAUAAGUAAACCUCCUCCGUCACGAUAAAGCCGGAGGAUCCCUCUUCCAGGUAAAAUGAACCUAAAUGCUACUUACCCCAGCUUGCAUCUUUUGUAAUGAAUAUAUGUGCUUUGCUAAUUUUUGUCUCUUUACAUUACUGUUGCAGGUAUUACACUAACGACACACUAUGGAAUAACGAAACAGCCCUUCCGCAGAAUUCCAAUGAGGUAGUCUCUGGCGGAAAAUGUAAAGAGUCCGAUCUCUACAGCACACGAACAUUAAUUAAAAGAAUUAAAAGAGAACUGACUUGCUUGGCCCAGCGGUUCAUCUUUGCCGGCUUAAUUAUUUUUCCCAGUGAUAUUAUUUUAUGUGUGUGUGUGUAGGUACCUUAAGUACUCUAAUCUCUAAAAUGUCUUGCAAAAGCACAAAUCACCAGCCUUGUAAAAGUGUACAUCGGUAGCUCGGACAAUGAUAAAACUUUAAUUGCGACACGAAUAACAUCAAGAUUAGCUAAUUUCCCUGUCUUUUUA